ACAAAGAGUACGAACUAGGUUCUGCAAGCGACUGCCAAGAUGGAACCAUGUUUUGGCCAUGUCGAUCCUUACAAAAAGACUCCACUUGCGGUCUCGCCGUCGACUUCCUUUUUGGGACGGCUCCCAUUGCGCAUCGCAUCCCGAGGCCUUUUACAGCAUUCGGAUGUGAAGGUCCCGGCCAAGUCAUGAAUAGUAUAGAGACAAUUUGAACGUCGAGGAUGUUCCGAUCAGAUCCAGUGAACGGGAUAAAAGGAGCACCAUGGCCACCAGCUCCGGGAUCUUUGCAAGUCAAUUCACUUCAUCAAGUCUCUUACAAGUGACCUUAACCCUCAAUCUACCCCCAGAAUGACCCGAACAGAACUCACACUCGAUGCGGUCGUCAUCGGCGGCGGCUUCGGUGGCUGCACUUCCCUCUACCGCCUCCGCGAGAUGGGCCUCACGACCAAACUCUUCGAGGCAGGAAGCGCUUUCGGCGGUGUUUGGCACUGGAAUAGUUACCCCGGGGCUCGUGUGGAUAGCGAAAUGCCCGCCUACCAGUUCAAUAUCCCCGCCGUAUGGAAGGACUGGAAUUGGAGCGAACGGUUCCCUGGCAGCGAGGAGCUGAAGCGAUACUUUGAGCAUGCUGACCGCGUGCUGGAGCUGAGCAAAGAUACCUAUUUCAACACAGUCGUAUCGGAGUGUCGCUAUGACUCGGCGAGUGGACUAUGGAUUGUCCAGACCUCGACCGGCAUCAGGGCAACGUGCAAGUACCUCAUCGCCGCAACGGGAUCCUCCUACAAGAAAUACUUCCCCGAAUAUCCCGGUCUGAACCAAUACAAGGGCCAGCUAAUCCACCCAGCGGCGUACCCGGAUAAACUCGACGUCACAGGAAAGAAGGUCGGCGUUGUCGGCAACGGAGCUUCGGGUCUCCAAAUCGUCCAGGAACUGGCAAAGGAAGACUGCGAAUUAACCUCGUUUAUCCGCAAUCCCUGCUUCGCAAUCCCCAUGAAACAGCGGAAUAUCUCUCCGGAAGAGUCCGAAAUGAUGAAAGGGUACUACGACGCCCUCUUCGACCGCUGCUAUAAAUCUGCCACGGGUUUCCCGCAUAACACCAGGCCUCAGGCGGCCAGCCAGGCAUCGCCCGAGGAACGGAAGGCUGUUUUCGAUGAGCUUUGGCAGCGCGGUGGAUAUAGUUUCUUGGUUUCGAACUACUAUGACUUCCUCCUCAAUGAAGAGGCCAACUCGAUCUUUUACAAUUACUGGGUACAACAGGUUCGAGCUCGCAUGACGGACGAGAAGAAGAUGGAUAUUGUUGCACCGUUGAAGCAGACUUACCUGGUCGGUACUAAGCGGCCGAGUCUGGAGCAGGAUUACUACGAGAUGAUCGAUCGGAAGAAUGUCAUCCUGCAUGAUUUGAAGAAGGCGCCUAUCCUGGAAUUUGAUGAGACCGGUGUGGUCACGGCCGAGGGCCAUCGUGAUCUCGACAUCGUCAUCUUUGCGACGGGAUACGAUGCCGUCACAGGUAGUUUGCUGGAUCUGGGCAUCGAAGAUCGGAACCAGGUCUCUUUGAGUGAGAAAUGGAAGGAGGGGACGACUACUCAUCUGGGCUUGAUGAUUCCCGACGCGCCAAAUCUGUUCCUGGUUUAUGGACCGCAGGCGCCGACUGCGUUGGCUAAUGGACCGCCUUUUAUUGAGAUGGAGGUCGAUUGGAUCUGUCGGGCGAUUACGAAGAUGCGUGACGAGGGCUUGGCGUCUGUCGUGCCCACGGCCAAGGCAGCGGAGCAGUGGAAGGAGGAGGUUCGCCUGGUGUCCGAGAAUACGCUCUAUCCCAAGACGAACUCGUGGUAUAUGGGCACUAAUAUCCCGGGCAAGAGGCGGGAGCCGUUGAUCUGGCUGGGUGGCAUCCAGAAAUGGUGGGAAAAGUGCACUGAUGCGCUUGAGAGCUGGGAGGGCUUUUCUACUCAGCCAUUGUAGGUUUGUUUGUGUUUGGUAAUUGUAUGUAGACUGCAGUACUCUUCAAGCAAUAUAGUAAUAUACCAGUCCUUAGCUUGUCGCGUUAAGUGUGCUCGAUACAUGACCAAUAUUCCAGAGUAAGUUUGCCUCCUAAUGA